GGCACCCCGGGUUUGUUGAUGUCCGCCCUCCUCCUGGCUCUGUUUUGCUCUCCCUCCCCCGCGCGCCAGAGGUCUCUUCCUCGCGUCAGAGGUCCUCAUCUACAUCCGGGGUCACGCCUUUCUCUUUUUUUCCCUCUCUCUCUCUCUCUCUCUCUCAGUGCGCUUCCUGUUCUGGGUGUGAGAGAGUGUUUUGUUUGUUUGAAGGAAGGAAGGAGAAGGAGAAGCAGAAGAAGAAGCAGGUGUGGAGGAGCGGAAGGAGGUUGGUUACGUUAAUCAAGAAUGUGCUCUUCAUCAGCUUUGUGAGUCUCAGAAAUAAAAACGUUGAAUAUGAUUGUAGAUUUAGCUCUCUGUAGUAAACGUUCAAACAGUAUGAUGUCCCAGAGUUGAAUAACAGUUCAUGUCAGCAAUGUUUUUGGAUUAUGUCAAGAGAUCUACAUCUUUGCUUGGUACGUCAUGUGAAUACCACAGAACUUCUGAAAAAGUAACCAACAUGUGAAUUAGAGGACUGUGUGGGAUCUGUCGGAUCCAAAAGGACAAGAAAUUACAGAUUUUCCUUCAGGAGUCUACAAACAUAGUAUUUUGAUAUAUUUCAAGAGAAUUUACCUACAAAAUGCCUCCAAGGCCAUCAUCUGGGGAACUAUGGGGCAUCCACUUAAUGCCACCAAGAAUCCUAGUGGAAUGUCUUUUACCAAAUGGUAUGAUAGUGACUUUAGAAUGCCUCCGUGAGGCCACUCUGUUAAAUAUUAAACAUGAACUCUUUAAAGAAGCUAGAAAAUAUCCCCUCUAUCAACUCCUUCAAGAUGAGUCUUCUUACAUUUUUGUAAGUGUUACACAAGAAGCAGAAAGAGAAGAAUUUUUUGAUGAAACACGACGGCUAUGUGACUUACGGCUCUUCCAGCCCUUUCUAAAAGUUAUAGAGCCAGUAGGCAACCGGGAAGAGAAGAUUCUUAAUCGUGAAAUCGGUUUUGCUAUUGGCAUGCCUAUCUGUGAAUUUGACCUGGUGAAAGAUCCAGAAGUUCAGGACUUCAGAAGAAACAUUCUUAAUGUUUGUAAAGAAGCAGUAGAUUUGCGGGACGUUAAUGCACCCCAUAGUCGAGCAUUGUACGUCUGUCCCCCAAACAUAGAAUCUUCGCCUGAGUUGCCCAAGCACAUAUACAGUAAACUUGAUAAAGGGCAAAUAAUAGUGGUGAUAUGGGUUAUCGUCUCCCCUAACAAUGACAAGCAGAAGUACACCUUAAAAAUAAAUCACGACUAUGUACCAGAACAAGUAAUUGCUGAAGCAAUCAGGAAAAAAACACGAAGCAUGUUGUUGUCAUCAGAACAGCUAAAGCUCUGUGUAUUGGAGUACCAGGGGAAGUAUAUUUUAAAAGUAUGUGGUUGUGAUGAAUAUUUGCUAGAAAAACACCCCCUGAGUCAGUAUAAGUAUAUCCGGAGCUGCAUCAUGCUUGGUCGAAUGCCCAACUUGAUGCUGAUGGCUAAGGAAAGUCUUUAUACCCAACUGCCAUUGGAUACCUUCACAAUGCCAUCUUAUUCUCGACGUAUCUCUACAGCUACACCGUACAUGAAUGGAGAAGCUUCUGCCAAAUCCCUCUGGGCUAUUAACAGUAAUCUCAGAAUCAAGAUUCUCUGUGCCACUUACGUAAAUGUUAAUAUUCGGGACAUUGACAAGAUCUAUGUCCGGACUGGAAUAUAUCAUGGUGGAGAACCAUUGUGUGAUAAUGUGAAUACGCAGAGAGUACCUUGCUCCAAUCCCAGAUGGAAUGAAUGGCUGCAAUAUGAAAUGCACGUUCUCGAUCUCCCACGUGCCGCUCGGCUUUGCCUUUCUAUCUGCUCUGUCAAAGGCAGAAAGGGAGCAAAGGAGGAGCACUGCCCAUUGGCGUGGGGGAAUAUUAACAUGUUUGAUUACACAGACACGCUUGUUUCUGGCAAAAUGGCUCUGAAUCUGUGGCCUGUACCCCAUGGGCUGGAAGACCUGCUCAAUCCCAUUGGAGUCACUGGAUCAAAUCCAAAUAAGGAAACUCCUUGUUUGGAGUUAGAAUUUGAUUGGUUUAGCAGCCCUGUAAAGUUUCCUGACAUGUCAGUAAUUGAAGACCAUGCCAAUUGGACGAUCUCUCGAGAGCUCGGGUUUAACUACAGUCAUGCUGGGCUGAGUAAUAGACUAGCUAGAGACAAUGAAUUAAGAGAGAGUGAUAAAGAGCAACUCCGUGCAAUCUGCACUCGAGACCCUCUGUCUGAAAUAACUGAACAAGAAAAGGACUUUCUUUGGAGCCACAGGCACUAUUGUGUAAAUAUGCCAGAAAUUCUUCCUAAGCUGCUUUUGUCUGUUAAAUGGAACUCAAGAGAUGAAGUAGCUCAGAUGUAUUGCUUGAUAAAAGACUGGCCUCCAAUCAAGCCUGAGCAAGCAAUGGAGCUUUUGGAUUGUAAUUACCCAGAUCCAAUGGUGCGAUCAUUUGCAAUUCGGUGUUUGGAAAAAUACUUGACAGAUGACAAACUUUCUCAGUAUUUGAUUCAGUUGGUACAGGUUCUGAAAUAUGAGCAAUACUUGGAUAAUCUGUUGGUGAGGUUUUUACUCAAGAAGGCACUGACCAAUCAGAGAAUAGGGCACUUCUUCUUUUGGCAUCUAAAGUCUGAAAUGCACAAUAAAAAUGUCAGCCAGAGGUUUGGUCUGCUUUUGGAGUCCUACUGCCGUGCGUGUGGGAUGUACCUGAAACACCUGAGCAGACAAGUGGAAGCUAUGGAAAAACUGAUUAACCUCACAGACAUCCUUAAACAAGAGAAGAAGGAUGAAACACAAAAGGUACAGAUGAAAUUCCUUGUGGAACAAAUGAAGCGGCCAGACUUUAUGGAUGCAUUGCAAGGCUUUAUAUCCCCUCUCAAUCCUGCUCAUCAGCUUGGAACUCUUAGGCUGGAGGAGUGCAGGAUUAUGUCCUCUGCUAAGAGACCAUUAUGGCUUAAUUGGGAAAACCCAGAUAUUAUGUCUGAGCUGCUGUUUCAGAACAAUGAGAUCAUCUUUAAAAAUGGGGAUGAUCUACGUCAGGAUAUGCUCACACUUCAAAUAAUUCGAAUUAUGGAAAACAUUUGGCAAAAUCAAGGCCUUGAUCUUAGGAUGUUGCCUUAUGGUUGUUUAUCUAUUGGUGACUGUGUGGGACUCAUUGAGGUAGUAAGAAAUUCACAUACAAUCAUGCAGAUCCAAUGCAAAGGUGGCCUUAAAGGUGCACUACAGUUCAACAGUCAUACGUUACAUCAGUGGCUCAAAGAUAAGAACAAGGGGGAAAUGUAUGACCCUGCUAUUGAUUUGUUUACACGCUCGUGUGCUGGCUAUUGUGUAGCUACUUUCAUAUUGGGAAUUGGAGAUCGCCACAAUAGCAAUAUUAUGGUGAAAGAUGAUGGGCAGCUGUUUCAUAUCGAUUUUGGACACUUCUUGGAUCACAAAAAGAAGAAGUUUGGCUACAAACGAGAGCGUGUGCCAUUUGUCUUAACACAAGAUUUCUUGAUAGUGAUUAGUAAAGGAGCCCAAGAAUGUACUAAAACGAGGGAAUUUGAGAGGUUUCAAGAAAUGUGCUACAAGGCAUAUCUAGCAAUCCGGCAGCACGCCAAUCUUUUCAUAAACCUCUUCUCCAUGAUGCUUGGAUCGGGGAUGCCAGAACUGCAGUCUUUUGAUGACAUUGCAUAUAUUCGCAAAACUCUUGCUUUAGACAAAACAGAACAGGAAGCACUUGAGUAUUUCAUGAAACAGAUGAAUGAUGCUCAUCAUGGUGGAUGGACAACAAAAAUGGACUGGAUCUUCCACACAAUCAAACAACAUGCCUUGAACUGAGACUAAAGGAAAUACCAUUUCUAACAGCCCAUUUUGUGGCUGUUCCACUGCAUUUCUGACUAUUGGGCAGUAAGGAAUUCGCUGUGCAAGAAUUGCACAAACCAAGAACAUCAUUUGAACUUGCAGAAGAGUAAAAACUCAAAGUUAUAACCCAGGUUUUGAAACACUAAAAAUUGCGCAUUUCAAAAUUUAACUUUCUUAUGUGUACAGUCAUUUUAUGCCUUAAGUCCAGGAACUUUGGAGAUUUGUUUAUCUUGGUUUGUUUAAUUAGAGAAUCUGUGCCAGCAUUAAAGCCAGUCUUUUACGUGGUUCACUUAGCCUGGUGAAAAUGUGAUGAAUGUCAAUGCGAACAAUUGAAACAAAGGAAGGUUCAGCAACAUAGUCUGUUGCUCUAGAUCAAGUUUUCAUCUCCCACGAACUCUGCUCAGUAAAAUAUAGGAGAUGCUGCCUUUGGAAUGUCCGAUAUAAUUGGUGGAUUUAAGAGUAGCAGUCUUAGUUUUUGACUGGCCAUUUAGUUUUGACUGACCAUCUAGUCCUUAGGAAUAGAUCUUAAGAUUCUGCUGGACAGUAUUAGUAGGGUUACAAAAGUACCUCCCCUCCAGCUCAAAAGUCUGGCUAAUGGGGAGGAUUGGGUUUAGUGCAACACCUUACAUUUUAUUUUUUCUAACCUAAACCUCAAAACAUUUUUCAUGCAUGCUUUCCAGAGCCUAAAAUAAAGAGGUGAGUUGUUAGAAUUAAAGAUUAUUUUUAUAAAGUUAUUUAUAUAACAGAAACUAUUAAUAUAUAAUAUUUCUUUACAUUGAUUUGUCAAUUUUUCUGUCAUUUUAAUUCUGCAGACCACUUUUCUGUCUGACAACCUGAUUGCGUAAGCCACUAAAGUAGUUGUUGUAGUGACCUGUAGGGUCAGGUUUUAAAAAGGUCCCUGUGCUGGCCCAGGGGAUGAUGUCCAUGUGUAUUGAGGCAGAAUUCUAGAGCCAUUGUGGAUACAGCUGCCCCACAGGCCCUGCAUUGAGUAUUUUCCCUACAUCAUAGGAUUUGCUGGUAGUUCUGGCAGAUGCAGAUUUAGGGGCUUUUAAAUGGUAUUGGACAGAGCAAUGUAGGUGUGCCCUACUUCACAUGUUUAGGGUGCUGCUUGGUGAAAGUAGGACAGAUACCUGCUCCUGCAGUAGCCCAAUAAGAGCCAGCUAUUGCCUGUUGUCCCCAUUCACUUGCCUAGUAGGGUGUUCUGUUGAAUUCAGUGAGACUUGCUUCCAAAUAAACUUGUUUUACAAUCAGUUGAUCCAGCUCUGUUGAUUAAAAUAGCUUUCCCCAAGCUUGAACCCUUAAGAAGUAUUCAGCUACAAUCCGCACAACUAAUGCUUGGGAAAGUAUAGUUUAUAAUCAAGGUUUUCAAAUUCUGGCAGUGAUCCUAAGUUAAGCCUCAAACAUUUGCUGAAAUUCAGGUCGUAAAAGCAAGCAAAAUGGAUUUGACAGCAGAUCACUGGAAAUCAAAGCAAAUCAAAAAAUUCAGACUUGAUGUGUGGUAUAUCAAGGAAGAACAUUUUGGGGGUAUUGUCAUCCUGCAAAAAAGCAAAAUGGCUUUCAGUUCUCUUGAUUAACACAUUCAGAAGAGAGACUUACAUAGAUUGGGAAGUAAAAAGGUGAGAAGCAGAACCUUUAUUUUUUGACCUAGUCAUGGCACAAACGAAAGCUGCUUGUCAGAAGAGCUUUACUUCUACUGACAGUUGCUUGUAUAGGAAGAGCUGGCUGUGGAAAACCAAGCAAGAAGAUAAAUUUUAACUAGUACUUCCAUUGUUAUGGCCAUUUUUGGUAAUGUGAGACUCUUUAGAUCAGUUUUUCUCAACACUUUUAUCCAUCAUUCAAUAUUCACAUUUCUUCGUGCUCCAAAAAAUAUCCCCCUAGAAGUGUUUGUGGGUUUUUCUAGAUCAGUGACUCUCAACCUGUGGGUCCCCAGAUGUUAUGGCCUUCAACUCCCAGAAAUCCUAACAGCUGGAAAGCUGGCUGGGAUUUCAGGGAGUUGCAGGCCGAAACACCUGGGGAUCCACAGGUUGAGAACCUCUGCUUUAGAUCUUUUUCCAAACAGUCUCAGGCAAUAUUUUUUUAAUUAUAUUGUGCGUUUUUUGUUAAUUCCUAACUUUGCAGCCCAUCACUGUCUCAGUCCUUUUCCUUAAAACAGUUAGAAAGUGAUAUCUUAGUCACGAUUUUUGACAAACAAGGUAUCUUUUCAGCCUGCUCACUAAAUAGUCCUUGUACUGCAAAAUACAUGGUAAUCUCUAGCAUGCAGGGCUUACCAACCAAUAUUUUAUAAAUGGGGUGGGGUGUGUGUGUGUGCGUGUACAUAUAUAAAUGUAUAUCUCUGUAUAACAAUCUGAAACUGAUAAAGCUGGUAAAAACUAGCAAAACCGCUAGUACAAUUUGUUUCACAAAAAAAUACCUACACAAUUAUAGCACCAAAUAUUUUGGACUCUGGAUGCACAAGGUGCGAUUCCUCCCACUUUGAUGUUGUUGUCUCACUUGACUCAUAGAAUUUGAAAAUGUUUUUAGAGAUUUGGAUAACUGAAUGCACUUGCUUUUUCUUCUAUCCUCAAAUCUAGGUAUUACUCAGAGUGCAAUACCAGUUGGAAUAUAAUGUGCUGAUGUUGGAUAUUAGAAUAUAAACAUUGCAAAUAAAUUUGUAUAGACUGUAA